AUGAAGAGGCCAAGGUCACGCCCCGCUAUACCCACAGCCAACAAAUGCCCAAGAAGACAACCUGAGUUGGACUGUUCUCAAUGCCACCAUCUUCUUGCUGAAAACAGAGAGCUGAAAGAGGCAAAUGCCUUGCUCACGGAGCAGCUUACUCAGUACAGGAUGGAAUCCACCAACACCAUUCAACAAAGUGAAGCCUCCAGACCUGGCAAGGUUCCAAAGGCUAUUGCUGAAAAAUAUCAUGUAAGAGUUUUUCUUUUUAUACUUACAUGUGUAAUAUGACAGAAACUAUGAGUAGUACAAACUGGGGUAAAAUCAAGUUUGUUUGUAAUAAAGCUGGUGGCAAGUUUUAGAGGAAAUGACAAUAAAUUCCAUAUACACGCAGGGUACAAAGAAGUUCAGGUCCGAUAGCCCAGGGCUAGUGAAUUUUGUGAUCUGGCUAGUGGAAUUUAUCCUUCACUUGCCCGAUGGGCAAGUAAAAGUUUUUUGGGAAUUUUUUUUUGAAAUUAAUUAACAGGAGCACUGCAAACCAUUGAAAAUUUUCGGGCUAGUAGAAAUGACCUCCGGGCUAGUACAUCUUGGCUACAGCUUGCCUGAAGGGCAGGCUGGAAAAUAAAACUUCUAUGUACCCUGACAUGUGAUACAAAUGUUUAUCUAUCUAAUAAACAUGGUUAAAUAGUUGCAGAUGAUAGAAUUGUCUCCAGGAAAAGGCGUUUAUAUUUAUGAAAGUCAUAUUACAAAGGCUUACUCCAAGCAAACAGCAACUGCCACAGCCCGCUUUUUGUUGAGUUGCUUUUAUAAUGAUGAGGAACUCAUUGGAAAAAGUUUGACAGGCAAGAAUGGGAAGCAGUGCCUGAAUGGAGACAUCCUGGAAAGCAUACUGAGU